AGCCGAAGCCUUCCAUACUUCUGACCUGCGGGCGCAAUGCUCUUCUCUCUCUUUAAUGUCUAAUCUGUCCACCCGGACUCGCUCUCGUCACCAUGGUGGAAAAGAAGGCCAUCUGGGCUAAAACCAAGACCGGCGGCAAGGCCGGAUUCGACAAGUUAUGGGGAUGGGCCGACAAGCUGGGUGCGCCUGUCAACAGGCUUUCCAACAAGCUUGGUUCUGAGGCGUUUUGGCCCACAACACUUGACAAAGAGUGCGAUAAAGCUGCACGCAUUCUCAGGUCAUUCUGCAAGGAUGGGUUCUACCAGGAGGAGGAAGUCCAGCCCGUUGAUGGCCCAAAGAAAAAGCAGAAAGUGCUUAAACGGAUACCACCGGAAGUUAUCAAAAAUGCCAAAGGUCUCGCAAUCUUCACGACCAUGCGCACUGGGCUUUGGGUUUCGGGUGCCGGCGGCAGUGGCAUACUCGUGGGACGAAAGGAAGACGGCGAGUGGUCUCCACCGUCAGGCAUCCUUCUGCACACAGCCGGGCUGGGAUUCUUGGUAGGCGUUGAUAUAUACGACUGUGUGGUCGUAAUAAACAGCCAGAAAGCCCUGGACGCCUUUUCAAAGGUCCGAUGUACGCUUGGUGGAGAGAUAAGUGCGGUCGCGGGCCCUGUAGGAAUAGGCGGAGUCCUGGAGUCGGAAGUUCACAAGAGACAAUCACCUAUAUUCACAUACCUAAAGUCACGAGGAUUCUACGCUGGAGUGCAGAUCGACGGUACCAUCGUCAUCGAGCGGACAGACGAGAACGAAGCCUUCUACCAUGACAAGAUCGGUGUCGCUGAUAUUCUCGCCGGCAAGGUCCGAAAUCCACCCUACGAAAUCAAGACUUUGAUGGAAACCAUCAAGGCCGCGCAAGGAGAUCGCGACGUCGACCAGAACUUGUUGACCGAUGAACCACCACCUGGGGACUACGAGGUUGAAGAAGAUGGAGUCACAUUUGGCAUACCAGACAAGGAGGAUCCGGAUCCAUUCGGCGUCCUUGCAUUGGAGGAAGCAGGCUUCGAGAUCAGAGAAGCCGGCACCAAAAAGCGCCCCACCAGCGAACAGUUCGAGUUCAAUCCCAGCCCUUCCAGCCCUGUAUACAACGCAUUUAGAAAAAGUACCGAUCGCCAUAGCUUUGAUAGUAGAUCCAUUAGUCGAAGAACGAGUUGGAGAACUAGCACAAUGAGCACCACCGUGGAUCGAGGCGUUCAGACGAUGGAUAUGUCUACUCAAACAGAGAUGGAUCCCCCUUCGCUUCCUCAACGGACGAAGUCUGUGAAUACUGGAAACAACAGUCCACGAAUGACUGAAAUUCCGGAAAACAAAAGUACCGACGAUGCGACAAAGACGGCGGAAACGCCCAGUCUUGCAGCAGUCACGGCUGCUGAGACAUCCGAGGACACACAUACUGAGAAGACUGUCGAAAAGUCUACCGUAGAGUCCACUGAAAAUGCCCUCAAAAAGCACACCGAUGGUCACGAGUCUCCUGACGAGGGGGAUGACUUUGACAACCUAGAAGAGCCUGUCAUCCACCAGAUCCAUCAUGCUUCAACGCCUCAGGUUAUCACCCGCGCUCGGGUUGUCCAGGUGGUAAAGCCAAUCCCACCCAAGCUCCCUCCACGAAACCCUGUUCGCGAUCGCAAAUCGGCCCUCAGCAUCAACCCAGGUUCUCCGAAUGAACACUCUACCAACGACCAAGCCACGGGUACUUCAUCUUUCUCUUCUUCUGGACGACCAUCGCCAUCUUCUCUGCACGAUCGAUCUUCAGUCCGCUCCCAAGACUCUAUCUCAUCCGCAGAUGAUGGCCUCGAAGCUGUGGCUGAAAGAUUCAAACCUCACGACGAACCAUCCAUUGAAAAAGGUGUGACCCCGGGCGAAGAGAAAAAGGACAAUUUCCAUUCCCUGCCAGAAUCUCCGGCUGCUAAUCAUGUUCCGGGAGGUUUUAACUGAUUAUAUCGGAUACUCGGCUACCGUGUUCAUUGUUAUUUUUACCACAUAUGUACGAUUCACUAUUUGUCUUUCUGGAGGAUUUAUCGUGAUUGGUUUACGAAGCAAGGCGUUUUGCACUGCUUUGAAUACCAUUUCAUGAUUAUGAUGUUAUUGUUGCAUAAAACGAAGGAAUGUCUAGGAGAGGAUGCGGUUCUAUUGAAAAUAGACAUAUGUUAUCAACAACGGUCUCAAGAGUCACACUUCCCAUCUCAAAAUCGAUAUUGUUUGCAAUUAACUACUCCUAUUUGAUCUUUAGCCGCUCAUCAAAGACGAGAUUUGAUCUGAGAGGGAUUUAGUUGGAUUCAGAUUUGGUAGUGGUAUUGCAAGUAAAGUAUUUUUAGUUGCAGUGAAUGUAGAGGGAAUUGAUCAAAGAAGUUUG